CCCGGCUUCCUGCGCGCCACUAGCGGAGCGGAACCUGUGGGUCCAGUGUUUAUUCGGUGACGUCGGACCGGGGUUCUCUCCGCGCACGUCUGGCUGACCGAGGACUUGGACCGGUGUUCAGGUACCGACGGGAGCGCACAGGCGGGCACCCAAAGCUGCGUGCGCCACCAUGCUGUUCCCCUCGGAGAGCUCCUGCAACACCACGGGAGGGGACGGCAGCGAGGGGACGGGGGCGCUCGGCCGCGCCGGGGGGAACGGAACCGACCCGUUCGGGCGGAACGAGGAGGUGGCCAAGCUGGAGAUCACCGUCCUCAGCGUCGCGUUCGUGGCGGCCGUGGCGGGGAACGUGAGCGUGCUGCUGGCCAUGCGCAGCACCCGCAGGAAGCCGUCGCGCGUGCACCUGUUCAUGAAGCACCUGAGCCUCGCGGACCUGGUGGUGGCCUUCUUCCAGGUGCUGCCGCAGCUGUGCUGGGAGGUCACCUUCCGCUUCUCGGGGCCGGACCCGCUGUGCCGCGUGGUGAAGCACCUGCAGGUGUUGGGCAUGUUCGCCUCCACCUACAUGAUGGUGAUGAUGACCGUGGACCGCUACAUCGCCAUCUGCCACCCGCUGCAGACGCUGCGGCAGCCCACGCGCCGUGCGCACGUGAUGAUCGGCUCCAGCUGGGCGUGCAGCCUGGCGCUCAGCCUCCCGCAGUACUUCAUCUUCUCCCUGAGCGAGGUGCACCCGGGCUCGCGCGUCUACGACUGCUGGGGACACUUCGUGGAGCCGUGGGGGCUGCGCGCGUACAUCACCUGGAUGACGGUCGGGAUCUUCCUCGUGCCCGCGGCCGUGCUCGUGUUCUGCUACGGGCUCAUCUGCCGCACGAUCUGGAGGAACCUCAAGUACAAGACCCGGAGGAGGCCCGCGGAGGCCCCCGGGAACGGGGCCCUGAGCCGCAGCUCGGUCAGCGGCGUGGGCAACAUCUCGCGCGCCAAAUUACGCACGGUGAAGAUGACGUUCGUGAUCGUGCUCGCGUACGUGGUGUGCUGGGCGCCGUUCUUCACCGUGCAGAUGUGGUCCGUGUGGGACAAGAACUUCUCCUUCGCAGACUCGGAGAGCACCACGGUGACGCUCACCGCGCUGCUGGCCAGCCUGAACAGCUGCUGCAACCCCUGGAUCUACAUGGUGUUCAGCGGCCACCUGCUGUCGGACUUCGCCCGCGGCCUCCCGUGCUGCCGCCGGCUCGCAGGAAGGUGGAGGCAUCAGGACUCGGACAGCAGCCUGCGCCGCACCACGCUGCUGUCCCGCCUGCAGGCGCCGCGCCUCUCCGACCCCCCCCCGAGAAACAGCCCCCACAUCCCGCUGGCACCCUGAGCCCUGGCUGCUGGGUGGGGGGGAAACUGUUGAGGAAAGUGGGGGCUCGUUUCCUCCCCAGGGGAGCUUUGAUUAUGACACAUCUGUCAGACAUGCAGAUGUUUCAUAGUCACAACACAAAGGUACCGCGGAUGCAAAGGAGGUUUAUUUAUUCUUCAUCCAUUUAUCAUUUUCUAUUUUCUAUGUCGCUAUUCUUCUAAAUCAAGCACUUC